AGAGAUAGAGAUACACAGGGAGAGAGAAAGAGAGAGAGAGAGAGAUGAGGUAGAAAACAAAAGAGAGAGCGAGACAGACAGAGGGAGAGAGAUAGAGAGACAGAAACAAAGAGAGAGAGAGAGAGAGAGAGAGAGAGAGAGAGAGAGAGAGAGAGCGAAACAGAGAGAGAGCUGUAAACAAAUGCAGCCCAGUCUUUAGAGCAGCGACACUUCUCAACUUCUAGCUAAUGCAGCUCAGCCGAGACUCCCUCCACCUUGUGCUGCUUUCAGAAUUAAUACUAAUACAUUAAUACAGUGUAUUAGAGAGAGAAAAUAGCGAGAAAAGAAGAGAGAAGGAGAGAGAGAGCCUCAGAAUGAGUAACGCGUCAAACAUGGAUGGGUACCUUGAAAGCCUGUUCGAACAGAACACCACUUUCGACUACUCAGUCUACCAGUACAAAGAAGAGUACAUCCAGUCAAACAUGGAUGUGGACCUUGGAGGCCUGUUCGAACAGAACACCACUUUCGACUACUCAGACUACCAGUACAAAGAAGAGUGCAUCCAGGUCAUCACCGCUGGUAAAUUCGUGGCUGUCUUCCUCCCCAUCCUCUGCUUUUUGCUGGUGGUCCUGGGGCUGCUGGGUAACGGGCUGGUCCUGGUGGUCCUGUGGCAGAAGAAGCGGAGCUGGAGUGUGACAGACACCUUCGUGGUUCACCUGAGUGUGGCCGACAUCCUGCUGCUGCUGACCAUGCCCCUGUGGAUGGUGGGAGCGUUGAACAAGUGGACCUUUGGAACGCCGCUCUGCAAGCUGACCAGUGGGAUCUUUCCGCUCAGCUUCUACUGCGGGAUCUUCCUGCUGGUGUGCAUUAGCCUGGACCACUACCUGUCCAUCGUUCACGGCGUGCAGAUGUACUCUCGAGAGAAACCGUUGGUGAUCCAGCUCAGCUGCAUGGCCGCCUGGUUCCUGUCCCUGCUCCUCACCGUCCCUGACUUUCUCUACCUGCAGGCCUCUAGCGACUCCAGGAAGGGAGGCAAAACGCAGUGCCUCCACUCGUACCCCUCAGACAGGAGCCGUUUAGGCUGCAGACUAAUAUUUCACGUGCUGGGCUUCAUGAUCCCGGCCGCUAUGCUGUUGUACUUCUACUCCAGAAUCCUGCUGCGGCUGCAGGCAGGCUGCCAGAGUAUUCAGAAGCGGGCAAUGCGGGUCAUCCUGGCCUUGGUGGUGGCCUUCUUCGUCUGCUGGACACCCUACAACAUCACCCUCCUGGUGGACACCUUCCAGACUGUGCCCACAGUUUCGUCAGAACUGCCUGUAACAUGUGCGCAGAGCUGGUGGACAGCGCUGGACAUCACGACGGUUCUAGCCUUCCUCCACUGCUGCCUUAAUCCUUUCAUUUACUUCAGCCUCUCCGGACAGUUCAGGCGAUGGGUCCUGACCGCUUUAAAGUGUGGCGGGUGUUCACUGGACAGUAGGGAGGCUUCUCUGUGGGAUUUGGAGCAAGCAGAAGAAAACACAUCUGCAGCACCAGAGGAGAAAGGUCCACUGCAACAAAUGAGUGACAUAGGACAGUCUACAGAAAUCCAGAAAACAGAGGAGAAACUCAAUCAGAUAACCAAUCAAACAAUCAAUCACGAUUCAGUGUGAAGGGAUUUUGAUGUGAAGGGAUUUGGCUCUUUAGACUGAAGUGCAAAAGCAAAGACCAAAAACACACAAAAUAUACUGUUUAACAGAUGAAAUCAGCUAUUAUUAAGCUUUCACAGAUGUAUCAGCAUCGGCAGAUAUCGUUUUAAGUGUUAUAUUCAGAAAUCACAUUCCAAAUAAUAUAGCGAAUAUACUGUUGUUAAGCUCCAAUGCCUUCGCAUGGUGGACUGGACCAUAUAACAUAGUUGGUCAGUUAGUAAUGAGAGGUACGUGGGUUCUUACAAGUGUAGUUAACCCAAAGGAUGUCUGGGUGAUUAUCUGGUUCAAGCACUGACUGAAUACAACCGAGAAAACAAGAGAAGUCAGAUGUUCAUUGCUAUCUUGGCAACGCAGACAAAUGAGCGGGUCAGAAGUUCAGAAGCUCUGCACCGUUAAAAUAGCAAUCUGCUAAAAUCAGAGCAUAACUGUCUCUUAAAGGUAAUAGCAAGUGACACACUGAUUUAUAAUGGCUUUUGUUGCAGCAAACUUAAAUUGCAAAACCCACAUUCAGCAUCAGAGGGCGCACUUCAGGCUGCAGAUUGUGCUUUUGUGACAUAAAAGGCUGGAGGCCGAGUGAGGUAAAGUGAGCUAGAGUGAAGAAGAGUGAGGUACAGAUCCACAGUAAAUGCACACACCAAACUAAACUAAAUCUUUUUCUGUAAAAAAAAAAAAAAAAAAAGAGUUCAGCCAAGCCAAGUUCGAGGAGUUAUCAGGAUAUCCAGGAGUAUUUUUUGCAUAUUUUUUUGCUUUUUCUCUUCAUAUUGUACAAAUCUUGCUCAAGCACCAACUGUUUUUUUUACAGUAGUUUGUAUUUGCUUCUGAUAUCUAGCUUUAGAAACUUUGAUAUUUGUUAGCCACUGCACACACUGCAGACUGUGAACUAUUAUAUUAUUUGCUGAGAACUCUCCUCAAAGCUGUAAAUAAUGUCCCGUAAUAGUGGCUGAAGCAUGCUGGGAAGAGCUCUAAUUUACAGUAGAAGUAUAACUUUUAUUGCACCAGCAACACCUUGUUCUUCUCUAAAGGUUUUUAAGUAGUUUAGCAUUCUAUUGCAAUGUUCGUACUCCAACAGUUGUGUAUUGCUAACAAUGGGGUUAUUGUGUGGCUCAUUUCAGAGCUCAAAAUAUCUCUCUUGAUAUUGCCAAAUGUACUAAAAGUUCUGAAUGUAUCCAGGCUAACAGUUAGCUAACAGUUCUGCACAGCGACACGUUCCGUUAGAGUAUCAAAGCCUCUUGUCUUUAAAAGACUGAAGCAGUAUAUGAAGCAAAAUACUGAAUAUUAAAAUGGAAAACAACCUUUAAAUAAAGGGAAAUAUUAAAUUGUUUGGCAAUAGUAACGGUCAUAAAGCUAAGAGUGCAUCCUCAUAUCAAGCUACCGUAUUUUUUGCACUAUAAGGCAAACUUGAAAUCCUUUAAUUUUUUCCAAAAAUCAUCAGUGCAUCUUAUGUAUGAAUUCUACCCGUCAGACUACCCAACAAACAGUAAAGCCACUCCGCUGAGGUACAGCGUUAUACUUUUUUUUACGUUAUAUUUUAGUUUAGUACUACAGCCGGAGCAGUACUAGCAUUAGCUGCUAACUGCUACUAGCUAAUAUCUCCCUGACUUUCCAGAACACUCAGGGUUCCUCAGUGUAGCGCUGUCGGUUAGCCGCAAAUGCUAAUGCUGCUGCACCCAACCUUAGUGGAAAUAUGGAAUUUUAAGCUUACUGUAAGUAAAUGUAAGAGCUUUACUCACCCAAGUAAACAUUUUUAGGGGAGAAAUCUGUGUAGAUUAACAUCCAACACUCGUUUGACUUCAAAGGAUUUUUUUUUAUUACAGUUUUGUUUACUUAGCUUAGCUUUACUUAACUUAACCUACCCCACCACCACACAGCGACAAGACCUGCUGAAUUAGAAGAUAAACAUGGCGACUCCCCUGUUUCUUACUAGUGUUGCUAACGCGCCUUAUAAUCAGGUGUGUUUUAUGUAUAAAAUAGACCAGAAAAUAGGCUUUUAUUGAUUAGUGCACUUUAUAAUCCAGUGCACCUUAUAGUAGUUUAUUAGGUUAGCUAAUAAGCUAAUUCAUACAAGUUUCAGAUUAUUGUAGCUACUCUACUAUUUUCAGGAAAACAAUUAAAUCAGUUACCAAGUUAACGUGUCAAUCAAUAAACCAGUAUUUUUCUUAAAUUAUCUUCAAGUUAUUUCCUAUUUGCUGGUACCUCUUGUACUUAGACUGCCAAGUUAGCAUUAUAUCCACCAAAGCAGCUAAACAGACUAUAAACUGUACUGCUAAGGAUUAGACUUAAUAUUUAAGCUUACAAAUUAAAAAAACAGAAUAUUGUGGUUACACAAAGUGACGGUUGAUUGUGUAGUGUAAAUAGAGAUGUAUUUAAGGGUUGUUUUGAGAAUCAGUAUAUCUGUAGUUAAUCAGAAGUUAGCAUUGAAGAAUUCAGAAGCUACCAGUCCUGCAGUUGUAAUUAAAUCAGGUGCUACUAUGAGCUUAAUAAUUAACCAAGUCAUUUUUUUCAACAAAAAAAGCAAAGAAAAGAAAGAAUAAUAAUAUUAAAGUACAUAUAAAAGUGGGCAAUAUGACAAUACUUGUCAUUAACCUGAUUAAUUAAGCAUUAAAGUCUUUCUGAGCAUAUUGUGGAUUAAGGCUAUUGUGUCAGUAUGUAAAAAACCUGACCAACUACAUCCCAGCUAAUACCAUUUUUGGUAUUAGAUGUUUACUGAAAGUUGCAGUUAACUUUCUUAGAAGGGUCAAUCUGUCUCUUUUUUCCAUUGGCUUCUGGCACCAAUGGAAAUUUUCCCUCAGGCUACCUUAGGUUAAUUUAUAAAUUAUAUAUUAUGAUAAACUAUGAAUAACUAUUUCAUUCACCUGACCAUAAAAUUAGAAAAAAGUAGAAUUAUUGUAAAAAGCAGAAUAGAAAAAUAAUUUUUAUAGAAAAAAUUUCCAUUUAAUCUAUUCAAACCAUGAGGUCAUGCUACGGUGAUUUAAGUUCCUCAAAAUGACAGAUAAAAAAGUUAUUUUUUUACUUGGAGGGGAAAUUUUUUAAGACAUGGUGAUUAAAAUGGUCAGUUAGCUGACUCACAUUGCGCAAUAGCUUAACAGCAUGCAGUGAUUUUAUAGCAUAAAAAGAAUUAUAAAUCCCAGUAACAAUGUAUUUUUUUAUUCUUUGUUGUGGUAUGCCAAAGACAUUUUAAAGCCGCAGUCCCUAAGACUUUUUAACUGAAACUGAAAGCAAUAGUAUUUCUGAGCUGAGAGUUGACAACAUAUUCUGUUUAAUGGUACACACUAAAAAAAGUAAGUACAGAUUUGUACUUAAAAGAGUACAAAGCUUGUCGCUGGGGCUGUACAUUAUAUUGCGGUACAAAAAAGUACCUUUCAGUGAAAGUCUUGAAAACUUUCAGUGAAAGUCCUUUUUUGUACCCAUGGUUUUUGUGCCAGUAUUACAAUUAUAAACAUUAUCAUCAACUAAAUAUGGCUCAAAAACUUGAUGAUCCAAAAUUGUCUGGCUUUCAAAUAAAAAAUGUGCAAUUAAAAUAUAUGUUGUUUAAUAGUGCAGUGAUACAGAAUACUGAAUGUACCCUUUGGCUGCAGGUUAAAUGGUACAAAUCUGUACUUAUUGCUGUUAGAAAUUAGGUUACCUAAGGUAAACUUAAAUGUCAUAUAUUAUUUAGUUUUAGUUUGUUUUUCAUUUUCCUAGUUGAUAAUGUUUACUGUAUGUCUUGGGGUAUUUUAAGGCCUGAGAAUAUGUGGAACCCAACGAACAAAAUUUUAUAAUACAAAUGAUUAAUUAAUGUGAUCUGAUCUGCAUGUUUUAAAUCCGUUUCAGGGUAAAUGCAUGUAUUGUAGUACUGUGCUCUUGGCUUGACUAAGGGGUAGGAAACAUGUUUUUGCCGUUUUUUUUUAUUUUUUAUUUUUCUGCACUUUAAAAGUGACUGUUAGAAUGACUGCAUUGGGAAAGGACUGUUCAUUAGCAUGUAAUAAUGUGUGUAUUUAUGUGUAGAAUGUUUUAUUUAUUUGUUUUCAGUAUUGUAAACAUGUAGCACUUCAUUAGAUGGGACUGAUUUUGAACAUGGGUGAUUUUUAUAAAGUUUUCGGGGAGUUUUGGUGUUGGAAUAAGUACAGCAUCAUAAUAAUGAUGAUCAGCAGCACCGUGAGGUCAUUCUCUGAGCUGUGUGUUGAGUAAGGGUCAUGUGGUCGUGUUUGAGCCUGUGCAGCAGCGCUGUUUCCUAUGUUGCGUAAGCUCCGCCUCACUGAGGCCUGGGAGAGAGGGGCUUUAUUCUGAACUUUGGUGGGAUUCCCCAGGAUUAAGAGUCGAUUGUUCUGGAAAUUUCACGUCCUUGUGUGCUUUAAAGUGGAAUUUCCAUUCUGAGACAACUUUAAUAAUUUAAUCUGCUACACUUUACAAAGGAGAACCACACCAAUGGGAAUCAAUUAAGCUUUGGGAGCUGAUUUUUGAAUGGGAGCAAACAAUGUUAUAAUUGUAUUUAAUGUACAUGCAUUUAUAUCAAAGUGUGCGAAUGUGAUUAAAGCAAGUUUUUGAUA